AUGCCUCCAAAGAAGUUCCAAAAUCUGGACGAUUUCCUGGAUCAUCAGCCAAAGGAUCCCAACAUGGUCCCAUCUCCAUUCGGAGGUGUCUUUAACAAGACCACUAAUUACCAACAACAAAGAACUUUGAAUAAACAAGGUCAGUACCCAAAAUCCCAUAAUCAUCAACAAAACUGGAACCAAGGUACCAACUAUCAACAGGGAGGGUAUCAAAAUAAUUACCAAGCGGGUGCAUACCAACAAGGUGGAUACCAGAACUACAACCAAGCAGGUGCAUAUCAAAAUAAUACCGUCCCUGUGUCUAGUUAUAAGCAAUCCACUGUUACUCCAACUCAAAGUGGAACCCCAACUCCUUCCGCAUCAUCUACAUCUUUAACUUCUCUAAAUAAUAAAUUGGCCGAUUUAGCUUUGACUCCAGUGUCUUUGAUCUUAACAAAGAUUCCAGAAUGUGCUAACAUUACAGAAUGUAAAGCUCAAAUCAAGUUAGUCAUUGAGCAAUUCCAAAACGUUGAAUCAGAGACGGGAAACUCUUCUACUAAGAUCGAAGCUUGGAAUAUUACAGAUGUGCUAGGUAAAUUCUCCAAGCCUAAGAACCCUCCUUUAGUAAGAGAAUCUGCAAUGGUUUUAAUUACUAAAUUAGCUCAACUUUACAUUAAUAAGUCACCACAAGAAGCUCAUUUACUACCUCUUUUCUCUUAUGCUUUAGAUGCCGCUGCCGAAAAGGAUAAUACUGUUAAGCGUGCUGGUCAACAUGCCAUCGAUUCCUUAUUGGCUUCAUUCCCAGUGGAAUCAUUAACAAGUUAUGUUCUACCGGAAAUCUUGAACUAUCUAGCUUCAGGUGCCAAAUGGCAAUCCAAAUUGGCUGCAUUGGCUGUCGUCGAUAGAAUUAGAGAAGAUUCACCAAACGAUUUAUUAGAACUGACUUUCAAACAAGCAGUUCCUAUCCUAACUGAUGUUACCACUGAUUUCAAACCGGAAUUAGCCAAGCAAGGUUAUAAGACUUUAUUAGAUUACGUCUCCAUCCUAGAUAACUUGGAUUUAGCUCCUCGUUACAAACUAAUCGUGGAUACUUUGCAAGACCCAACAAAGGUUCCUGAAUCCGUCAAGGCAUUAUCUGGUGUCACUUUUGUUGCUGAAGUUACUGAACCUGCUUUAUCAUUAUUGGUCCCAAUUUUAAAUAGAUCUCUCAAUUUAUCAUCUUCAUCCCAAGAACAAUUAAGACAAACUGUUAUCGUUGUGGAAAAUUUAACCAGAUUAGUGAACAACCGUUUUGAAAUUGAAAGCUUUAUUCCAUUACUAUUACCAGGUGUUCAAAAAGUCGUCGACACAGCUUCAUUACCUGAAGUGCGUGAAUUGGCAGGCAAAGCUCUUGCUGUGUUAAGAGGUGAUGAACAAGAUUUGAAUGACAAAGAAAAAUUCCCAGGGAGAUUAACUAUAGAACAAAGUAAGGAAUUCCUUUUGAAUCACUUGAAGAAAUUGGAUGUUUCUUCCUCCAUUUUGGAUGACGAAACUGUCAUGGAUUAUUUGACUAAGAUUUUAACUGUUCAAGCUAAUGUGAAUGAUUGGACUAAGUUGACUGAAUUCUUGACAAACGUAUUGGGUGAAUCCAAUAAGGAUUUCAUCGAAAAGGAAAUUAUUGCCGGCUUGAGAGCUAUCUUCCAUCAAGAAAAGGCUGCCCAUGAUGAAAACGAAGGUAUUGAAAUUGUCAAUACCGAUUUCUCCUUGGCUUACGGUUCAAGAAUGCUUUUAAAUAAGACUAAUUUGCGUUUACUAAAGGGUCAUCGUUACGGUCUUUGUGGUAGAAAUGGUGCUGGUAAGUCCACUUUGAUGAGAGCUAUUGCAAAUGGUCAAUUAGAUGGGUUCCCUGAUAAAGAUACCUUACGUACAUGUUUCGUAGAACAUAAAUUGCAAGGUGAAGAAGGUGAUUUGGAUCUAGUUUCCUUUAUUGCUCUUGAUGAAGAAUUACAAGCAACUUCUCGUGAAGAAAUUUCUAAUGCUUUAGAACAUGUUGGUUUUGACGAAGAAAGAAGAGCUCAAACUGUCGGAUCUCUAUCCGGUGGUUGGAAGAUGAAAUUGGAAUUGGCAAGAGCUAUGUUGCAAAAGGCUGAUAUCUUAUUAUUAGAUGAACCUACAAAUCAUUUGGAUGUCAGUAACGUUAAGUGGUUACAAGAUUAUUUAUUAGAACACACUGAUAUUACAUCUUUGAUCGUGUCCCAUGACUCAGGAUUCUUGGAUACCGUCUGUACUGAUAUUAUUCAUUAUGAAAAUAAGAAGUUGGCUUACUACAAGGGUAAUUUGGCUGAUUUUGUUGAACAAAAACCUGAAGCUAAAUCUUAUUACACCUUAUCUGAUUCUAAUGCCCAAAUGCAUUUCCCACCACCAGGUAUUUUAACAGGUGUUAAAUCAAAUACUAGAGCUGUUGCUAAGAUGACUGAUGUUACUUUCAGUUAUCCUGGUGCAGAUAAACCAUCUUUGAGCCAUGUCUCCUGUGCUCUUUCACUAUCCUCUCGUGUUGCUGUUCUUGGUCCAAACGGUGCUGGUAAAUCUACUUUGAUCAAGUUGUUAACUGGUGAAUUGGUACCACAAGAAGGUAAGGUUGAAAAACAUCCAAAUUUGCGUAUCGGUUAUAUUGCUCAACAUGCCUUAGAACAUGUCAAUCAACAUAAGGAAAAGACUGCUAACCAAUAUUUACAAUGGCGUUAUCAAUUUGGUGACGAUCGUGAAGUUCUAUUGAAGGAAUCAAGAAAGAUUUCUGAAGAAGAAAAGGAAAUGAUGGAAAAGGAGAUGGAUGUUGAUGAUGGAAGAGGUGCAAGACAAAUUGAAGCUAUUGUCGGUAGACAAAAGUUAAAGAAAUCCUUCCAAUAUGAAGUUAAAUGGAAAUGGUGGAAACCAAAGUACAAUUCUUGGGUUCCAAGAGAUGUAUUGAUAGCCAAUGGAUUUGAAAAAUUAGUCCAAAAGUUCGAUGAUCAUGAAGCUUCCAGAGAAGGUUUAGGUUACCGUGAAUUGAUUCCUUCUGUUAUCUCCAAGCAUUUUAAUGAUGUUGGGUUAGAUUCAGAAAUUGCUGAUCAUACUCCAUUAGGUUCCUUGUCAGGUGGUCAAUUAGUUAAAGUUGUUAUUGCAGGUGCCAUGUGGAAUAAUCCUCAUUUGUUAGUGCUUGAUGAACCUACCAAUUAUUUGGAUAGAGAUUCAUUAGGUGCGCUAGCUAUUGCUAUUCGUGAUUGGUCUGGUGGUGUGGUCAUGAUUUCACAUAACAAUGAGUUUGUAGGUGCUCUAUGUCCCGAACAAUGGAUUGUUGAGAAUGGUACAAUGGUCACAAAGGGUGUGAAAGCAGUUGAUCAAUCUAGGUUCGAAGAUGGUGGUAAUGCCAAUGCUGUCGGUUUGAAUCCUAAACCAACUGCAUCUGUCACUGAUGAUGACUCUCCAGCUAAUAUUAAAGUUAAACAAAGAAAGAAGAAGAUGACUAGAAAUGACAAGAAAUUACAAGCUGAACGUCGUCGUCUUCGUUACAUCGAUUGGUUAUCCUCACCAAAGGGUACUCCAAAACCUGUAGAUACUGAUGAUGAAGAAGAUUAA